CACUCCAACCUAGACCCCUCCUAGAAGGGUAACAACGAGGCCGCUAGUCGACUAUAAAAGUCAGGAGACCACCAAUCUAAACGAUCAUCUUUUGUCCCCCAAAUCAACACGCCAAACCUCCAUUUUGAGCCGAUGAUACGCGAUGCCGGCCACACUCAAGCUUUCGGAAUACCUCUUCGCUCGCCUCAAACAGCUAGGGAUCGAUUCCCUACACGGGGUGCCCGGUGACUACAAUCUCAAUCUAUUAGACUUUGUCGAGCCGGCGGGAUUGCAUUGGGUUGGCAACGCUAAUGAGCUGAACGCCGGAUAUGCCGCAGACGGAUAUGCUCGAAUUAAAGGGAUAGGCGCUCUUGUCACCACCUUUGGAGUUGGUGAAUUAUCUGCCAUUAAUGCCAUUGCCGGGGCAUAUGCUGAGCGGGCAGCCGUCGUGCAUAUCGUCGGUACACCACCACGAGAAUCUCAAGACUCGCGGCUUCUGAUACACCAUACUUUCAAUGAUGGAGAAUACCGGCGCUUCGCGCAGAUGCACCAACCUGUCACUGUAGCUCAGGCGAACCUCAGGGACCCUCGAACGUCUCCCGCUCAAAUUGAUUAUGUGUUGCAGCAGUGUCUCUUGCAUAGUCGGCCAGUUUAUCUUGAGAUUCCAGUCGACCUCGUUGCAGCGCCGGUCUCGGCAGAACAACUUCAAAACAACAUAUGUCUUCCCACCGUCGAACCGAACGCAUACCAGGACUCGGUGAUAGACAAGGUUCUCGACAAGAUAUACGAAGCCAGACAGCCUAUUAUCCUUGUUGAUGGUGAGGUUAGAGCGCUUGGCAUCAUCGGCGACGUGCAGAAAUUAGUUUCGCAUGCUAAAUGGCCAACUUGGUCAUCCGGUUUUGGGAAAGGCCUGUUAGACGAAACGUUGCCAAAUUUCCAUGGAAUUUAUAGGGGAAACUUCGACGAUGCGAAAGUCCAGAGUUUCUUCAAGAACUCGGACCUUGUUUUGUGUUUUGGUCCCCACUUCAGCACUACCAACAGCUUCGCCAGUUCCAGCAUACCGAAAACGCAAACCGCCAUCCUUUUUACAGACACGGAAAUCCGGAUAAAUGGCCAAGUCUUUCGCGAUAUACCGGCGAGAUACGCAGUUUCUCAACUUCUACUCAAGAUAGACUCAUCAAGGAUAAUAUCGUAUACAGCAUAUCCUGAUCUUCCUCGAGACCAGUCGGACAACUUCACCAGUGUUUCCCAGGAUGGUCCUAUCAAACAGGACCGGCUUUGGCGUAUUCUCUCCACUAUGUUACGACCAGGCGAUAUCGUACUUGGUGAAACCGGCACUGCAGGAUAUGGAUGCCGAGAAAUGGCCCUUCCGCGUCAUGUUCGUCUGUUCACCCCUGUGACUUGGCUGUCCAUAGGAUACAUGCUCGGCGCAGCACAAGGCGCUGCGCUGGCCCAACGUGAACUUAUAAGUUCGUCCAACUACCACGGCAUCAAAAAUGCGCGCACGAUCCUAUUUAUCGGGGACGGCAGCUUCCAGAUGACUGUCCAAGAACUGGGAACCAUCAUCCGCAAUAAUCUAGACGUUGUCCUGUUCCUCAUAAACAACGACGGCUAUACUAUCGAGCGUUGCAUCCACGGGCUUAAAGCUGGAUACAACGACGUCGCGUCCUGGCGAUAUCUACAAGCGCCCAGCUUCUUCGGUGCGAGUGGAGACACAUAUACGGCGUCGGCGCGAACAUGGGGAGAUUUGGAGAAGGUCCUAGGUAGCGGGGAGUUGGAUAGAAAGAAAGGACUCAAGAUGGUGGAGAUAUUCAUGGAACGUGAAGAUGUGCCGAAGGGGCCACUGGCGUAUUUGCUUCAACUACAGACAACUAGUCAAUGAACACCUAGUUA